CAAAAAUAAAGAACAUCUGACACUACUUUAUAAUGACGCAAACUAGCAGGCUCAAUGGUACAUCAAACACCAAGGAACUGGAAUCACAUCCCUCCAAAGCUACAGUAGAGCAAAGCUACGAUUCUAUUGCACAACAGUAUCUAGACUGGACAAUAUCCACACCCUCACCCCGAGUCUCAUGACUUCAAAAGGUCCUCUCGCGAAUCCCCGCAAAUGCCAGCGUCCUCGAACUCGGCUGUGGAGCAGGUGUGCCUGGCACACAACUUAUUCUUGAGCAUUGCUCAACUGGUUCUGUCACGGGCGUCGAUAUAUCUGCUGCUCAGCUUGAACUAGCUCAAAAACAAGUCCCAGGAGCGAAACUUGUUAAGAGCGAUAUGAUGGAUUUGAGGUUCGAGGCAGCAAGCCUUGAUGCUGUGGUGGGCUUUUACUCGCUUAUCCAUCUGCCAAGAGAGGAGCAAGGUGUGCUUUUGAAGAGGAUCUGGGAGUGGUUGAAAGAUGGAGGACUUUUGUUAGUUAAUCUCUCUGUAGGAGAUUCAGAGGAAAUGUCAAAUGGUGAUUGGUUGGGCAGUGGAAAGAAGAUGUUUUGGAGCGCUUGGGAUGAGAAGGGUAACACGGAAAUGAUCAAAAGAGCUGGUUUCAAAGUACUAGAAGGAGAGGUCAUUAGCGAUACAGAGGACGGUAGAGAGGUGAAAUUCCACUGGCUUUUGACUAGUAAGGGUGGUGGUUGCAGACCCGAGACAAUUGACGAGCGAGGAGUUCAAUGGAAAGUCUAGACAACGAAUAUCAUGAAAAAUGUUUUCAAAUACUUUGCUGAAUGUGUU